AUGGAUUCAAGAUUUCUCUUACAGUGUGAAAGGAUGAGAGAUGAAUUUGAAGAGAAUUUGCGAUUGACUGAAAAAGUAGUUGAUGAAUCGGAUCUUGAAAAUAUGAGAAAAGAAGACGAAGAGAAUUUUCAAUUCAUCGAAGAAGUAGAUGAGACGAGUACGUCGACGAGGGAAUUUAAAGUACCACUCGGCUACAGAUUUCAUCCGACAGCAGUUGAAUUAAUGGAAGAGUUUCUGAUGAAAAAGAUCUUAGGACAGCUUACUUGGGACACUAUUAAAGAAAUUAAUUUCUAUCGAUUAGAUCCUCAACAGAUUCCAAUAAGUGAAUUCGAGGCUCUCAAGUAUGGGAGAGAGGGCAAAGCAUAUUAUUUCACGAGCGAAGAACAAAAAUACGUAGAGGGAUCGAGAUUAAUGCCAAGACCAUUUUCUAACGGAUAUUGGAAAAGAUGGGGAAAGGAAGUUCCAAUUCAUGAUGGAACUGAAAUUAUUGGUUUCAAAAGAAGAUUUGUGUGGGAAGAGGCACAUAAUGUAGAAGAGAGUAAUUGGAAGAUGACUGAAUAUAGUGUCACUCCCAGAUUCAUGGAAGAUCUUUCUCAAACCAAUCUGGAAAACUACGUGGUGUGCAAAGUUCGAGACAUGAGUAGGUACAAGAAGGAUUUCAUAACAGAAGAAAGAGUAGAAUAG